GCUUGUGCAUGUGCUAUUUCCCUGUUGCCAAGCUCAGGGGCCACAACCUCAGAGGGAACCAGGAAUCUCGCACUGUUCAUUCACGUUUAUCUCCUGCCGUGAGAGAAAAGCUUUUUUUUGUCAGUUGGAGAUAACUGAGAGGAUUACUGUGGUUGCUGAGAGAGUGUGGCGCCUGAGCUGUGUGUGACUGUGCCGCAGGGCCAUGCUGUACACGGAACUGCUGCGACUCUGGGACGAGGCCGUGAAGGCCGUGGACACGCAAGACUGGCAGGGCGCGCUGGCCAAGCUCGACGACAUCUACGAGCCCACCGCCCGCACCCUGUUUGUGACCGCAGCCGCACACUUGGCCCUUGGGCAGCUGCAGCCAGCCAUCCAGGCUUUAGAACAGACCAUUAUCAAAGAUGAGAGGCUUGCUGUCGGCUUUUUCCAAAAGGCUGGAAUCCUUCUGCUGGCUAAUAGGCCGGAGGAAGCUCUCACUGACUGCAUAUGUGCCCAGAAGCACAUGAGAGAGAAUGCAGUCAUUGACUACCGACAGCUGGGGCUGCGCUAUAAACUGUACAGCUGGCAGGUGCUUUACAAUGCGGCUGCAGUGCACGUCAGGAUGGGCCACUGGGACAAAGCCCGGGACAUCCUGUUAGCGGCCACGGAGGAGAAGGGCGGCGCUCGCGGCGGCACUGUGGAGGCAGCGCUGGACAGCAUCGCGAGGAGGGAGGCCCUGGCUCCUCUCCUGGUGCCAGUGGGAGACGUGUUCAGACCCAGGAAGGAGGAAGUUGAACAGCUCAAGCAAAGGGAUUUCUUGGGAAAAGCCAAGGUGAUAACCUCUGCGCUCCCCAAUGAUGACUUCGCUGGUUUUGAUCCACUCCGGGGUCAGAAACCUGGAUUCUAUGAACCUAAAGUUGGAGGAGGAGGAGGAGGAGGAGGAGGAGGAGGAGGAGGAGGAGGUGGUGGUGGAAGUGGUGGAGGAGAGGACUCCCGGUAUAUGCGUAUGAAGAGCGCGUAUGUGGCCCGCAGCCCCGAGGAGCUCUCAGUGCCCGCCGGAGGGAUGGUGUUCAUGUUCAGUGAAGCGGACCGAAAUGGCAUGGCCACCGUCAUCUAUGAUGGGAAGAAAGGCCUGCUGCCCAUCACAGUGCUGGAUCCUGUGGAUCCCAAGAAGGCCAAGAAAAGCAAAAAGAAGAGAGAUAGUGUACCCAAUGGCAUUCCCUUCCCGCCUGCACUCAAGCCCCCCACGCGCCCCGAGACCCCCUCCAGCCCUCGAGAUGGGCCUCCGUCGUAUGUGAGUGCUACCCAGAGCGUCCCACCUCCUCAGUAUGGAGCCCCAGCCAUCAGCCCCACGGACCUGGAGCGGUCACCUCCCUCCCCAGAUGACCCCGGCUCAGUGGUAGUGAAGGUGCACUACAGUUACACUGUGGCGCUGCAUGUCCCUCCUAGCACACCGUAUAACGAGCUACAGCAGAGAAUUGCUCACAAACUGGGCCAGUCGCCCUCUCAAUUACGCCUGAGGUUUAAGCAUCAUGGCUCUCAGGCCCUGACUCCGCUGGACAGCACAGAGGGCCUCCAGAGCCUGGCCGAGGUGGCUGAGACCGGCCGCGCCACUCUGUGGUGCCAGCAUGAGGAUCCUCUAGCCAACAGAACUAUUCUCUACCAGAUGGUGGCGCUGUAUGACUACCCUGCACAGGGCCCAGAGGAUCUGGAGUUCAGCGAGGGAGACACAAUUGACAUCCUCAGCGAGGUCAAUGAGGAGUGGCUGGAGGGCCACACGGCUGGAAGCAUCGGCAUCUUCCCCAGAUGCUUCGCCUACCGAGACGGAGAGGGUGCCCAAGAGGUCCAUCAAGCCACCAUGCUGUGAUGCCGGUGUCCAUUACAGUGUGUGGGACUGUAGGCAUACACACAUGCACACGCACACACACACACACACACACACACACACACACACCAUGAAUCUGAUAUGGUUUGGGAUUUUCUCCUUUCUCUAAGUAUGUCUACACUUUAAGUUUCAGCAUAGUGAUCAUUGGUCUUGGACAAACUGCACUUGUUCAUGGUUACAGUAUUCAUAUGGUUGGAUGAAGGAGUUUAGAACAGUUGGGCAGGAUUUAAACCCUGCAGUUACAAUCAGAUAAGAUACAACAGUUAAAUUGAAUCAUAUUGAAUCAUUGAAUCUGGGGGGAGGGGGGGCAUUUUCCAGACAAUCCACUGUUACACAGUCGUAAUUUAGACAUAAUUUAAACAGAUGUUGUGUGUCCAUUGAAAGUAUUUACACCCACUGAAUAUAUUUAAUUUGACAGUCACCGACAUGGACACUAUUUUCUUGUCAAAACAAGUUGUGUACCAUGAAUCUGGGACUACCCUGAUGGGUGUGUGUGCUGUCAAAAUGUCACAACAACUCACUGAAGUCAACAGCCAUGUGCUAUUGAUGCCUGGGGAGUAUAUGAAAUAUAAGUUUUGCCACUUAGCUUCAACCCCUCAUAUGUUAACACCAAAGGUUUGUUAGUGCCUGUCUUAUCUUGUCAGAGAGUAUCACCUUAUAGAAACUAAAAAGAACCAAACAUUAAAAAUUAGCUCUCCCCGCGGAAAGUUCUGGUAUUCAAAUUAGACCAGCGGGGUCUCAUAGUCGAGCCACUGUGAUUCAUGGCACUGUGUAAUAAGAGAAGCCUUGAGGUCUUGUCAUCCUCCAAUUUGAAAACACGCUAUCAUCCCUUAAGGGCUCCUGUUAAACAGCACAGAGUGACUAUAGCGGAAAGUGCCAGACCAGAGAAUGCAAUUAUUCACAAGCGGUUGUACCGAACCGCUGUAAAAAUAGACGUUUGUGAUUCAGCCACGGCCGUGUCAGGGGGCCUUGACUUUUCUCUUUCUCUCGGCGAAUCUCUCUCUCUUUCUCUCUCUCUUUCUCUCUCUCUCUGUCUCUCCUGCCUCGCCGGUAAUUAAUAGGCAGAUGAAUGUCAGAGUCUUCCAGACGGCACCAAUGGUGGAGAGAGAGAGAGAGAGAGAGAGAGAGAGAGAGAGAGAGAGAGAGAGAGAGAGAGAGAGAGAGAGAGAGAGAGAGAGAGAGAGAGAGAGAGAGAGAGAGAGAGAGAGAGAGAGAGAGAGAGAGAGAGAGAGAGAGAGAGAGGUGGUAAAGGGGCCCCCCGUGUCACUUCCAGUCACUUGCUGCGUCAUUCCGGAAUCCGGCAGCUUCUAAAUUCGUCCUCCCUCAUUCUCCUCUGUAUGCAUUUGCAUGUCUCUGACGCCUACUGACGCCUUCCCUCUAGACUUGUUAUUUUUUUGUCAAUUAUUAUUUUUCUUUUUCGGAACAGUAUGAAAACAUUGGCAUACACAAAUAAUAACGACACCAACUCAUUUUUUUUUUUACCCAAUUCAUUUGCCUACGAGGACGUUGUCAUUAUACAAACUUUUCUUUUGUUGGCUUAUUUAUUUGUUUAUUAAGUGAAACCCUUACAUAUUGGUCAAGCCGUAUAUUUACUAAGUAUAACAUGUCUGUCUAACAUGUAUGUCUACCUUCACUUUUUGCACCCAGCUCUGUCAUUAAAGCCUUUGUCACUUCA